AUGGCCAAUUUUGUGAGGCUGGUUGUGUCCGAAGCCGAGCGGAUGAUGUCGCGCUUCUUCAAGACGGAACAGGAGGAAGAAGCCCCCAGCUUCUUCUUGGAGGUGCCGCGGACAGAAAAGUUGCUGGAGCAAGGAGAGGCCGGGGGUAUAAAGUACGCCCUUGGCUCCAUGCAGGGCUGGCGGGCCCACAUGGAAGAUGCCCACUCCCUCCAGCCUCAGCUGCCCAGCCCCCUGGUCGGCUGGGCUUUCUUUGCUGUGUACGACGGGCACGCGGGCCACACCGUGGCCCAGUUCUGUGCCCAGCACCUGCUUGAGCACCUCCUGGCCACCGAGGCCUUGUCGGGCCAGACGGAGGAGGAGGAGGACCCCGAGGUGGUGAAGGAGGCCGUGCGCCAGGCCUUCUUGACUCUGGACAAGCGCAUGCAGGCCCUGUCGCAGGCCGAAGCGUGGGAGCGCGCCGGGACCACCGCCGUCGGCGUGCUGGUAUCGCCCCGCCACUUCUACUUCAUUAACCUGGGCGACUCCAGAGCCCUCUUGUGCCGCUCGGGCACCGUCAACUUCUACACCGACGACCACAAGCCCAUCAAGCCGAGGGAGCGCGAGCGCAUCGAGAACGCCGGUGGCACGGUCACCCUGCAGCGCGUCAACGGCUCCCUGGCCGUCUCCCGUGCCUUGGGCGACUUCGACUACAAGGGGGUGGCCUGGUGCAGCCCCACCCAGCAGCUGGUGUCCCCUGAGCCGGAGGUGGACCAGCUGCCCCGCUGCCCGGAGGAAGAUGAGUUCCUGGUGCUGGCCUGUGACGGCAUUUGGGACACCUUUGACAACGCGGGGCUGUGCGCCUUUGUGCGCUCCCGCCUGUGCCUCUCCGGCAACCCGCGGGAUGUGUGCGAAUGUGUGCUGGACACCUGCCUCUACAAGGGAAGUCGUGACAACAUGACUUGCAUCGUGGUCUGUUUCCCUGCUGCCCCAGGGGUCUCCCAGGAGGCCCUACAGAAGGAGCACGAGUUGGAUGCUUACCUGGAGCAGAGGGUGGCAGAGCUGUACAGGGAGCUGCUGCAGCAGGAAGAGGGGCCCAGCCUGGUGGGCCUUUUCCGGUGCCUGGCCACGGAGGUGAAUCCCAGCCUUCCCCCGGGGGGAGGGCUGGCCAGCAAGAGAGCUGUCAUCAUGACCGCCUAUGAGCGCCUGAAGCAGAGACGGGAGGAGGAGCAAAGGCUUUUGGACCCCAGUGCAAAUUCUGACUCGUGCUGAACACAGCCACGAUGUUUCGGCUGCCGAUC